CGAUGGUGGCGGAGCUGCUGGGGGCGGAGGCUCCGUAGCCCCCGCGGAAAAGGAGCCCGGCGGCGCCUGCCCAGCCGAGCCGAGGAUGGAGAGCCGGCCGGGGUCCUUCCAGUACGUCCCGGUGCAGCUGCAAGGGGGGGCGCCCUGGGGCUUCACCCUGAAGGGGGGCUUGGAGCACUGCGAGCCGCUCACGGUGUCGAAGAUUGAAGAUGGAGGCAAGGCAGCCUUGUCCCAGAAGAUGAGAACUGGCGAUGAGCUGGUGAAUAUCAAUGGCACUCCGUUGUAUGGCUCCCGCCAAGAAGCCCUCAUCCUUAUCAAAGGCUCCUUCAGGAUCCUCAAGCUGAUUGUCAGGAGGAGAAACAUCCCUGUCAGUAGACCGCACUCAUGGCAUGUGGCCAAGCUAUUGGAGGGGUGCCCUGAAGCGGCCACCAACAUGCAUUUCCCUUCUGAAGCUUUCAGCUUGUCUUGGCAUUCUGGUUGCAACACAAGUGACGUGUGUGUGCAGUGGUGUCCCCUCUCCCGGCACUGCAGUACUGAGAAAAGCAGCUCGAUUGGCAGCAUGGAGAGCCUGGAACAGCCAGGCCAAGCUACCUACGAGGGCCACCUCUUACCUAUUGACCAGAACAUGUACCCCAGCCAGCGUGACUCAGCCUACAGCUCCUUCUCAGCUAGCUCAAAUGCCUCAGACUGUGCCCUUUCCCUUAGACCAGAGGAACCACCCUCCACAGACUGUGUCAUGCCAGGCCCAGGGCCAACUAAAGCCACUGAUGGCCGACCUAAUGUAUCGGAGACCUCAGGAAGUAGCCACAGUACCAGUGGGGGCCAUGUGACCUCCACUUCCCAGGAAUCGUCCUGCCCAGAGGAGAGCCAGCACUCAGGACCUGCCAAGAUGGUUCAAGGUCCGCCAGAGCCUCCAGUGAGGCGGGACAGCCUUCAGGCCUCCAGAGCCCAAAUCCUCAAUGGAGAGCAGCGCCGUGCAUCUGAACCUGUGGACUCCUUGCAACAGAAGGAGAAACAAGGCUUAGAGACAGUGCUGCCUACCAGGAGCCCUAACCAGUUCUGCUGCAUUAGUGGGCAAGACCAAGUGACAGGUGAGGGCCACCAGAACUGUGAGCUCAGCCAGCCUUCUGAAUCCAGUCAGGAGGACUCUGAGCAUCUACUGAGAGAUGGCUCCUCCAAAGCUCUUGAUUCCCCAAAAACCUAUGACAAGGGUCCCAGCAGAGAGUUCAGCCUGCUCAAGGAGGCUCCAGCAGAUUUGGCUGGCACUGUGCCCUUUGGUGCCAUUCCACACCUCCGAGGAACCACAGAGCAUCGCCAUAGUGCUCCUGAACAGCUCUUGGCGUCCCACCUGCAGCAGGUGCGCCUUGAUUCCAGAGGCAGCAAGGGGAUGGAGUUGCCAGCUGGGCAGGAUGGGCACCAGUGGACUGUGUCCCCUUUGCAUAACAACCCUAAGGGUAAGAAAAGUCCCGUGGGAGACCCUCAGGAGCAGCCUGGCAAAGAAAGGAAGACCAGGCCCAUAGAUGAAAAGCUGAUGGGUUCAGUACACCAGAGCCAAAGUGGUGCCCCACUUGGAGAGGUUGAUGGACACCCACCAGAACGAACUUACUCAGACCCAAACAGAGCAAGCAGAACAGGCAGUGACUUGGCUAGCCAGCAGCCCUCUGCCGCUUGCUCCUCUAUUCAACAAGCCAGAGAGUUCUUUUCAACGUCUAAAGUUACUGGUCACAUGGAAGCAACUGAAGAAGGUGACAGUGAGCCCAAAGAAUGUGGCCAAUUGGGUGGUAGAAGAAGUGGAGGCCCCCGGGGCCGCUCCAUCCAAAACCGGCGCAAGAGUGAGAGGUUUGCUACCAAUCUUCGCAAUGAAAUUCAGAGGAGGAAAGCCCAGCUCCAGAAAAGUAAGGGACCAUUGUCACAAUUGUGUGACACGAAGGAGCCAGUGCAAGAGACACAAGAGUCUCCAGAAAGCCCUCCACCUUCUGCUUCUAACUCUGCUCUUCCGUCUUCAUACAAAAAAGUCCCUAGCCCGGGAGACAAGCCCUUCAACAAAAGCAUGAUUCUCAGGGCUAGGUCUUCAGAAUGCCUCAGCCAAGCCUCUGAGAGCUCCAAAGCUAGGGUAGGCUUAGAGGGAAGGAUAAGCCCUGGCCAGAGGUCUGGCCAGUCUUCUUUGGGCCUGAACACCUGGUGGAAGGCAUCUGAUUCAUCCUCUUUAGACACUGACAAAGCAAAUGCUCCCCAGGGGGGCUGUGGAGGUCAAUGGAGAUGGUCGCCUGAAUAUAGGCCACAGCCACUAUCCACAGACGGUCCUUCCAGCCCAGAUGACAACAAGGAAUUGAAGCCAUCUGCUGCUCAAGCUGGGGAGGAAGCCAUCCUCUUGCCAUUUGAAGACAGAAGAAAGUUCUUUGAAGAGAGCAGUAAAUCUUUGUCUACAUCUCAUUUGCCAGGCUUAACCACUCAUAGCAAUAAGCCUUUUCCCCAAAGACUUAAACCUAUAGACCAGAACUUCCAGUCAGUGAGCUAUAGAGAAUUGAGAUGCCAUCCCCUGGACCAAUCGUAUCAUUCCACAGAGCAGCCAUACCAUGCUGCAGACCAGUCAUAUCAUUCCAUGUCACCACUUCAGUCAGAAACUCCCACUUACCCAGAAUGCUUUGCUAACAAAGGCCUAGAAAAUUCCCUGUGCUGUAAGCCCCUGCAUUGUGGGGAUUUUGAUUACCACAGGACCUGUUCCUAUUCCUGCAAUGUUCAGGGAACUGUAAUGCAUGAUCCUUGCAUUUAUUGUUCUGGAGAAAUCUGCCCUGCAUUGCUAAAGAGAAAUUUGUUGCCAAACUGCCUCAACUGCAGGUGCCACCACCACCAAUGCAUUCGGUGUACAGCUUGCUAUCAUAAUCCUCAGCAUAGUGCCCUUGAGGACAGCAGCCUGGCACCCAGCAAUGCUUGGAAAUCCAGGAAGGCAGCAGCAAUACAGGAAUUUCCUGGGGACAAGUGGAAGGCUAUAACAGGCAACAGGAAAACUAGCCAUUCGGGGAGGGAAAUGGCUCAUUCUAAGGCCAGCUUUUCAUGGUCUACUCCCUUCCAUCCUUGCCUUGAGAACCCAGCACUGGACUUGUCAAACUACCGAGCAAUCUCUUCUCUUGACCUUCUUGGAGACUUCAAACUUGCCUUGAACAAAGCAGAGGAGUCUUCAGUUUAUGAAGAUGGGAGUUCUGUUGCCUCCAUGCCCCGCCCACUGCGAAGCCGAGCCUUCUCAGAGAGUCACAUCAGCUUAGAGCCUCAAACCACCCAGGCCUGGGGGAAGCCUCAGAGGGAACCAUUUACUAAAAGCAAUGAGACUCAGCCAGAGCUCCUUGGGGCCCGAAAGAAGGCUUUUCCUCCCCCUCGUCCUCCUCCUCCCAACUGGGAAAAAUAUAGGCUCUUCCGUGCAGCCCAGCAGCAGCAACAGCAGCAGCAGCAGCAGCAGCAGCAGAUGCAGCAGCUGCAGCUGCAACAGCAGAAGCAGAAGCAACAGCAGCAACAGAGGUGUGAUGAAGAAGAAGAGGAAGUAGAGGAGGAGAAGGAGCAAGAGCGGGAGGAGGAGGGAGAAAAAGAGGAAGACCUACCACCCCAGUAUUUUAGUUCAGAAACCACUGGUUCCCGUGCCCCUAAUCCAGAUGAGGGCUUGGAGCAGCCACAGCCCCUGAAGAUGGGCCACCUGGAGGCCUCAAGGCAGGGUCCACAGCAUCUCCUAGAGCAAGAGACCUUUGCUCUGCAUCCCAGUGGUUUUGUGCCCCCAGUAAGGGGCCACAUUGGAGCCCAGCCUGAGAAAGCUCAACCUCCUUGCUAUUAUGGCGCUCAUGGACUGUGGAGGACAACUGAGCAGGAAGCUACUGUGACCCCAAAACAAGAGUUUCAGCACUUCUCACCUCCUCCGGGGGCCCCAGGAGUCCCUACCUCUUACUCAGCCUAUUAUAAUAUCUCUGUGGCCAAAGCAGAACUGCUGAAUAAGUUAAAAGAGCAGCCUGAGAUGGCAGAGGCCGGCCUGGGAGAGGAGGGAGUUGACUAUGAACUGGCUCAAAAAAAGAUUCAGCUCAUUGAAAGCAUUGGUCGGAAACUUUCUGUCCUGAGGGAGGCCCAGCGAGGGCUCCAGGAUGACAUCAAUGCCAAUGCUGCCCUUGGAGAGGAGGUAGAGGCCAACUUAAAAGCAGUCUGCAAAUCCAAUGAGUUGGAAAAAUAUCAUUUGUUUAUUGGAGACCUGGACAAAGUGGUCAACCUGUUGCUGUCACUCUCUGGACGACUGGCCCGGGUAGAGAAUGCUCUCAACAGCAUCGAUUCAGAGACCAACCAGGAGAAGGUGGUGCUGAUGGAGAAGAAGAAGCAGCUGACAAACCAGUUGGCAGAUGCCAAGGAGCUGAAGGAGCACGUGGACCACAGGGAGAAGCUGGUGUUUGGCCUGGUCUCCCGAUACCUGCCUCAGGACCAGCUCCAAGAUUACCAGCACUUUGUGAAGAUGAAAUCUGCUCUCAUCAUUGAACAGAGAGAGCUGGAUGAGAAGAUUAAACUUGGGGAAGAGCAGCUGAAAUGCCUCAAAGAGAGCCUGCACUUGGGGCCCAACAAUUUCUAAUUCUACUGGUGCCACUGCACCCCUGCCUAUCCCCAAUGGAAAGUGCUUUCAAUCUUCAGUAGCAGUUUGCUAGCUGACUAUAUAGAAAUUACUUAGCAGAUGGUUGCAGCCAUCUACCUUGGCCAGCCAUCGAGGAGAGCCUGGGAAGGCCUUAAGCUUCUGCCUUGCAGAGCUGAAGCAAGGUCUGGUUGUACUGCCAUGUGCUCGUUCCCAGUGAGUGGGAACCCAUAGAACCAAUGAAGUGCCUUCAUCUCUGUACUAGGACACCAAAGACACCACAAAGUCAAUGUUCCCCCUUGCCACACUACCCUCGUGAUGUUCGGAGCGAAACUGCCAGUGCAGUUUCCCUCUGCCCUCAGGCUAGUGGCCUAGCUUAGCCAUUGUCCAGGCAGAUUUGCUUGACUUGAAUGCAUUCACCUAACACCAGCGUCAGGCCCUCCCCCAAACUUCGCAGCAGGAGACAGAAGAGGAGAUUGCAUAGAAGGAGAGCAAAUGUUGGGUAUACCCCCGUACUCAUCCUCCCCUCCAGUAAAACCCCAGCUUAAACAAAGUGGUUCCAUGUCUACCCUCCCCGACAGCAAGCUGACAGUGUUUUACUAUGGCCUUCCUGCCAUAACAUGAUGGACCUACUACUUUAAUUGUAUCUUGCCCGGAUAUCACUAGGAGUCACAUGCCAGGGCUUCACUCUUUGAGCCUCUAAUAUCUCUUUUGCAGCUGACUUCAGGAUAUAGCUUUAUUAUUGGGGGAGAGGAUUCUUAUUAUAUUUCAAAUGGUCUUUGAUUUUAUUUAAUUUUAUGUUUUUUUUUCUUUGUUAACUAAUGAGGCAAGAAGAAAUAAGUUAGGGAGGGGGGUGUUAGCCAGAAGGAAAACAUUUUGUGUAGACAGCCUGAGUCCACUGUGGCUAAGUAAGGAAGUGCCGAGGCAGUGAAUUCUUCCUGCCAUAGCUUCAAGGACCUAAGAAAGCUCUCCCCCUUGAACCCAGAGCCCCCCUGCCAUAGCCCCCCUGCCAUAGCUUACCUAUGUGCUUCCUUGAGGUCUAGAUGGCCGUAACAUUCCUGAGUACAGUUCACUCUUUUCUCACUGCGUUUUGAAACUAGAAAUUUUAGGAUGCAGGAAUGAAUGAAGGAGAAUGUGGAAGGCACUCUUCUAACAACUGCUUUCUCAGUGGCUAGCCUCAAGGAAACAAAACUAGAAGAGUACUUUCAGCCAGGGCCAGGCUCCAGUGAAAAUUAUGAUCCAUCCAGGAUCUAGACAGACAGUAUCCCUCCUUAUCCUCUUGGCCUAUGUACUAAAGCAUCCCCCUCAGGUGGAUGCCUGAGAUCUCGAAUAGUUCCAAACCCUGUAUAUACCACAGUUGUUAAUCUCAUCACUGAGGGGACUAAUAAGCGACUAAAAAGAGGUAGCCUAUAUAGCAUGGAUACACUGGAUAGAUAGAUGAUUCAUAAUCCAUGUGGAAUGGAGCAAAGUUUUAUCACACUACUCAGAAUGGCACAUAAUUUACAACUUAUCAGUUGUUUAUGAUAUUACAUUUAGUAUUUUCAAACCAUGUUUGAUCAUGAGAACUGAAACUAUGAAAAGUAAAACCACAGAUUAAUGUACAAAGCACUAAAGCUGUUGCUUUUGCCAAGACUUUACAUUUGUAGCCAGCUUCUGUCCUGGAACAGCAUUUGGGAGGGCAAUAGCAAGAGGGGAAUCACCACCAAACUACCCUUUUAUCUAGCUCAAUCUUAUGUUCCUUACUAACUGGGUGCAGUCCUUGAUGUUGUCCCCCAUAAAUACAGCAGAAGUCCAAGACAACCAAGCCCUGGCAUCACCACAUGUUACUGCUGAGUUCCUCAGGGUCCUUGGAGGUUCAUUGUAACUACAGUGUUUCCUCAUCCAACCAAAGAAUUUGCCAAGGAACUGCACUGCUGCUCCAGAUACUGGUCACUGUCUUCCAUUUUCUCCACAUUGUGUCUGACAGCUUUCGGAGACUCUUGGCCAGCAGGGUAUUCUAAAGCGGUGGCAACCUUGUCUGUGGCUCUCUGGGUAUGUUUUAAUAGUACUGCUGCCCCCACAAGAACCACUGUUACCAUAUCAGUACUGCCAUUCUCCCCUCAAGUGGAAGAUUACAAAUUAUUUUAAACAUAACCCUGAAGUCUAUACUGAGCAGCAAAGCUCUGUAGCCCCUAUUAUAUGCUGUGUUGUGCAGUGCUGUGCUGUGCAGUGCUGUGCUGUGCUGUGCAGUGCGAUGAUGUGCAGUGCUGUGAAGAGCUAUGCUGUGCUAUGAAGUGCUGUGCAGUGCCGUGGUGUGCAGUGCUGUGCAGUGCCGUGGUGUG